AUGUCUUCUAGGUUACCUGUGGACGAGGAGGAACAUCAGGAGAGCGCUUCGGAAAGGUCAGACUCACCACCCUCUCAGCUAGUCUUCCUCCCACCCCCCAAUAGCGAGCCUUCGUCUGUGAGAUGGGAUCAGCAUGCUACUUUCGAACCGGUUGUUGAUCCGUUUUUCAACCUUGUGGCUCGACGAGAGGACGGCAGACCCCGUCUGUUCCCUCCGUUCUCGGGGUGGAAUGAGGACGAAUCUAGAGCUUGCGGUGACCCCUAUUGCAAACACGAUGUCGUCGUUCAUGAGCAUGCACUUGACAAGCACGAGACAUGCGAGUCCUGCGGCCUUGUCCCGGCGCUUGGUUGGUUCUAUCGUUGUGGUGUAGAUAUUACCGGCUUCUCCCACCGCAUGGAUCCUGGCCAGGCCCCCGUCCUCAGUCCUUGGAUAUCCGACGCCAUCAAGGCUGGUCACUACACGGAAAUACAGAAGAGAAUAUUGAUGUGGCAGAAAAUUAGGGUCCUGCAGACAGUUGCCGCAGAACACUCCGAACAUCUUGUUGCUUUCCCUGUGACAGAAGUCAUCUAUGGCAUAGGCGAUGACGAUGACGACGAGAACCCCCAUGUGGACCUUGUCGAAGACGUCUCAAAUCCCGAUCCAGACCAGUUUGCCGAAGACCGCCCCUUGCUACAAUCAGACACAGCUGUCAGAGCUCCCAGUCAGUGGGACCUGCGUGACCGCAUCAUAUCGGAUGCAAACAUUGUCAGGAACUUGGGUCUCCGACGUUUUUCACCAUCUCGUCCCGGAGCUGAAUCAAGCACAUCGCUCGCUGAGGACAGUAAAUCACCAUCGGUCCUGCUGAAGAAGCUUGUGGAUAAGGCGACCAAUAGUUCCGGCUCGUCUAAACAUGUCAAACCGACUACCACUGUUCUUCCGGUUCUUACUGCCCAAGUUGCUGGGUCCGUUGCUGGAUGUUUUACCAACGCCCCUCCUACCGCAUCAGCUGUUGCUCGAUCUACAGAACCACUCGCUACUCCAUCUGCUCAGCUGAAUACUCAGCCGUCUGCUGCACCACUCACCGCGCCCCCUCCGCCUCCGCAUCUUGAAAUUCCCGAGUGGCUCAUGGCAAGUGACAGUUCUUCUGGCUCACUUUCCACCAGUUCAGGCGCUAGGAACUCGCAAGCAGGUCCGUCGCAAGCAGGUCCGUCGCAAGCAGGACCAUCUGGAACGUCUCGACGGACCCCUACUAUCUCAAGACAUCUAGCGACGGCCCAAGGCGCAUGGAACAGUAUUAACAAGCAUCCCCGCCGCCCGAAUGUCAGUUCUCGCCCCCCACGUCCAAUGGUUAGAGUCCCGGCAACCGUGAAUGAGGAAUACGAAGAAGAUCAUUGGUCCGGAAGAGGUCAUGAAGAUGAAAAGGACGAUGUUGAUGAAGACUACGACGAGGACGAUGAAGAUGACGAGUCGGGUGGUUGUCUCCUUGAUCUCGCGUCUCGUGCAGAAGAGGACAGAGAACACCGUUCCUGA